UCAGCUACCUACCUUCUGUGUCGAGAGCACAUGCAACGCUGCGGCGAAGACCUUGGGUUCAGAAUGUGCGUUAAAGCUCCCGCCCCUCGAGCUUCGUCAGACAGGCAACCUUGGAGGUUCUCACUCACUUGGCCUUCAUCCAGCUUCGAAAUCACGCAAUGACCCCAGAAGAGAUACAAAAUCAACCAGCGCCGGUUACAGAGGCACCUGCGGCAGAGCCCGCCCCGGCUCUCCCCGACUAUGUCCUUGACGAGAAUGCCGUCUUGAAGGACGUCAUUGACACCUGGCGUCAUGGCCGAGCCCCAGAUUACAGCAGAACCCGCAAGGUCUAUGCCGAGACAAAGAAGGCUUCUCACACCGCCGGCUCCCUUCCCGACCUCGUCGAAAAGCUUGUCAAGAACUGGGAAAUCGAAGCAUCAUACAAGACUUCGCUCUCGGACUGGCGUACCAUUGACGCCUCUUCCUACACCUUCUCUGUGAACGGCGGGCCACAGCAAUCCGGAGAGCACAUGCUGCAAGUCGGCACCUAUAACGCCAUUAUCGAGCCUAACGAGUACUACUGCCCGUUCCAUUCGAGCUUUGACGCGAGUCACAAGACGUUCAAGAGGAUAAUGCCGACUUUUGCUUGGGAGGUGCUGGAGGUGUUCAGUGGACCGCCGACGGUGACGUUCAGGUGGAGACAUUGGGGUAGAGAAAACCUCAGCACACUCUAAGGUUAGCCUCCGUACACUCUAAGACCUAUAAAAAUAUUAGGGUUAGGGUACCUAGUAGCCUAUAAUAGGUAAUGGUACUUGAUAUCUGAAAUUCCCAUUUUUAGCCGUGAAAAUACCCCAUUUCAAU